GCGUUUGCAACAAAAACAAAACACAUUGCAGAAGCAGUCGCGUAAGCGUCCUGGCUAAUUGUAUAUUAGAAAUUACGUCUGAUUUCAUAUUGUGUAGAGAAAAAAAUGUUUAAUAGAAUGGCAAGCUUGUGGAUGGGUGAUCUGGAUCCAUACAUGGAUGAAAAUUUUAUAAAGCAAGCUUUUAGUACGAUGGGAGAGACAGCAUAUGGCGUUAAAAUUAUUUGCCACAGAGUGACAGGUGGAUCUGCAGGGUAUUGCUUCGUGGAAUUAGCAGACGAAGCUGGUGUUGACCGAUGCGUACUUAGGCUCAACGGAAAACUGGUUCCAGGAUCAAACCCACCAAGAAAGUUUAAGUUAAAUUAUGCUACCUAUGGGAAAAGGCCAGAUACAGGCCCUGAGUAUUCAGUUUUUGUUGGAGACCUCACCCCUGAAAUUGAUGACUUCCAGCUCUAUGAAUUUUUUGUGAAGAAAUAUGCUUCUUGCAAAGGUGGCAAAGUGGUUACAGACCCUUUUGGAAAUUCCAGGGGCUAUGGAUUUGUCAAGUUCAGUGAUGAGAAUGAGCAGAAGGCAGCAAUGGAAGAAUGUCAAAAUGCAAAUGGACUUGGUGGAAAACCAAUCAGAAUUAGCAUAGCAAUUGCUAAAAGUAAUAAAACCAAUUAUCAACAAAAUCAAAAUCACAACUACUCCCAGUAUUACCAGCAGUAUCAGAACUACUAUUCACAGUGGGGAUAUGACCCUUACAGCAGCUAUAACUAUGGAUAUGGACCCUAUGGCGCUGCAACGACAGCUCCAGGGAUGGCUCCUCCUCCUACCACCACUUCAACUUCAACAGAGACCCAGGCUACAUCAGAGUUCCAGCAGUCAUUGGGGGCUACAGAAGAUACUGACGAAGAGCUAGCUGAAGAUCCAGAUCCUCAACCUGAUAUUGACACAAUGAACAGACAAUUUAUGGAAAGAAGUGAAGAGCUGUAUGAAUCCCUCAUGAACUGUCAUUGGCAGCCACUGGACAGUGUUACAUCUGAAAUCCCCACUGUGGCAAACUUUUAAGGGUACAGAGAAGACGAUCAGCUAAAGGGGACAGAUUUACAGAAACUUUUUUCCCACCAAAGUAAAAACGAGCUGUCAAAGAUCAUGCCUGCAAAUGUCUUCUACUUAUGACAUUCUCAAGUUCAUUUUUCUUGUUGAUCUUUUUGUUUUCCAGGCUUUUUUCUUUGCCAGCUUUUUUCCUUAAGUGCUGUAAGGUCACUUUUUUUGUUGUAGUUAUAAAAAAAAAAAAACAUCGAAGGGUGGGGUGGGGUGGGGGGCUGGACAGACACGACUGUACUUCUAGUGUGAAAAGUGGGGUUCACUAGAACCAGAGUAAAAUCUGUAAAAACAAAAAGAUCAGCCAAAAAGGAUAACCUGAGGUAAUGUCUUUGUCAUUAUCUCUGUCAAACUGAAACCAUUAAAGAGCAACCUGGAAAAGACGUAGAAUAUUACUGAAAUUAUCUAAUUUUUCCUUCUUGUUUAGAUUCACUUUGUAUAAUUUACUGUUUAAAAUGUCAGUAUGAUAGGAUGACUGAAAAAGAAAAUGAUUACAAAGUGAAACUUAAAGAGUAAGUAUCGGGGUUCCAACAGUUUAAAUAACAUACCUGUAAUUUUUCUUUUCAUUGUUAACAUCCUGACAACUUUUUACACUUGUAACUUCAAAGUCUGUUUCAAAGCUCUUUUCAAAAUGUCCGCUGUAGUGCACUGGGGUUUGAGAUCUGUCCUCUAAAUCACUGCAGGAAGAGCAAUACAUUAAAAAAGAGCUUUGAAACAGACUUUAAAGUUAUAAGUGUAAAAAGUUGUCAGGAUGUUAACAAUGAAAAGAAAAAUUACAGGUACGUUAUUUGAACAGCUGUAGCAACACUUGGGGACAUUUAACACUAUAUUCUUUGUGACCCCGCUACUUACUAGUUAACAACAAGAAUACAUUAGUUAAUACUGCUCUGGUAUUUCCUUAAAGUUGCUAUUUAAAUGAAACAUUCUAAUUUAUUGGAAUCUAUUCACAAAUAAAGUUUAGUAUUCACAAAACUUUUCUUGACUGUUAAAGAUUCUUGACUGACGGUUUCUACAUGUGUAAAUAUCCAUCUUUUGAUUUUUUUAUUUAAUGCUUGAAAUGUAUUUCUGUUUUAGUAGCAAGUUUACUCACUGAUAAUGUUAAACCCCUUUCUUAAAGUGGUUGUACCUACCUAAAUAACUUCCAUUUGCUAUAUGGGUCACAAAUGUGUAAUUUUGAAGGAAAUACUGGUUAUAUAUUUUUAUUGUAAUUUUUAAAACAUGAUGUAUGUUACACUAGUUUAAAAUGUAUGUUUGCAAGCAUUGCUUUCAAAUAGUCUUGAACUUGUUGGUAAUGUCAUCUAGCGAAUGGCUGUCCCUAUCAGGGCCUCUCUUUUUCAUGUCAAUAACCAACCAGUUAUUUCCUCUGUUGACUGUCAUGCUUUGCCACCUGUAAGACACUGCUGUGGUGAAAUUAACUAGCAAGUGACCAGUAAAAGCAGCCAACUUUAUGAAAGAUAAGGCAAACAAAGUAGCCUAGUGUUGUACCAGAUAUGUUUGAAAUUAGAAAUAUAAGUUUGCUAUAAGAUGUGUUUUUGCAAAAAAAAACCAGAAGAUUGAAACCUAAUUAUUAAAUGGAAAGUCAUGUCGGGUGAGAUUGUGUGGAAAUAUCCAUUUUAAAAAAGAUUUUCUGGUGAGUAAAUGUGAAUAUUUCUUGAAAUAAUUUAAUAACUUUGUUUUAACAACAACAAAACACAGAUUAAAAUAUGUUUUAAAAAGCUAUAUUAACUGGGAUUGUGUGGUAUUUUAUGACUAUCAGUGCCUUAAAAUCUUUUUUAUACCAUAUUGCAAUUCAUACAGUGAUUCAUUAGAAGAGAAAUGGGUACCUUGCCACCAGUGUGUCAAAAUAUCAACCACCACAUGGCUGGUUGGUUGCCUCUUUAUUUUUAGUGAUCAAAGUGCUGUAGAACACAGUAGCUCAUAACGAGAUAUUCAGUGUUGUCAGAUGCAUCUCUCGGGCUUGAGGCAAUGCAUUAUUUAGUAAAGUACAAUAUUUGGCAAUAGUGCAGACCCUGGUGUGAGGAAAUUAAAUGGCUAUUUAUUUGAAAUACACACAUUCCCAAAGACCUAUAAUAUCUACAAUAUUCACUUCAAAUCCUGUACAUAUUCUUUUUAUGACUAGAUGUGUACCUGUGUCAAUAAUGUAACCAAUUUGCUAAGAUGCGGCAUUAAAGUAUUUAGUAUA